GGUUUCCACUGCUACUGGUUUAAACGCUGAUGCACCUGAGUUCCACCCUAAUAACAAAAUCCAUUCUCAUAAUCACUUUCUCACUAACAAACUACUACCAAAACAUCAACUUUUCUACACCACUUGCCCUCCCCCUACACUUGUCUUUUAUCCCAACACUAACAAACACCCUUUUUAUUCACCCUUUCGCUACCAACUCACCAAAUCUGAACCUAAACCUAACUAUUUUCACUUUCCUACCGGUAUGGAAAAAAGUGAACUUCAAACGGUGGAAACAUCUAGUAGUAAAAAAGUAAUCGAUGAUCGUAGGUUCAGACUCAAAUCUCGUUUGGAGUGGAGGGUAAAAGGUGAAUCCAAAGAUCACCACAAAACUCGUGUUGUUAGUCAUGAUGAACAGUUUCGUCACUACUUUAGGGAUGUUCAUCACAGAAGGAAUCGUCGCUGUCGUUUUCCGAUCGUUCCGGUUCGUCCUGACGGCGAAGAAACCACGGUCAUGAUAAAAAACAUACCUAGCAAGUACAACCGGGAUAUGCUUGUGAACUUCUUGGAAAACCAUUGCAUGGUUGAAAAUGCUAAAGAAAAUGAAAUUGGAGAAGAAAGUACUUUUGCUUUUGAUUUUGUGUAUCUGCCUAUUGAUUUCAGAACUGGAUUUAACAAAGGCUAUGCCUUUGUGAAUUUUACUAAAGCAAUAGCAGCUUGGAAAUUUCUUCUGACAGCUUCUAAAAAGAAAUGGGAACUCUUCCUUUCCGAUAAGAUACGCGAUGUUGUUGCCGCACGGCUCCAGGGAUUUGAGAAUUUAGUGCAUCAUUUUGAAAGCAUGAAUUUUCCAUGCGCGUCCGAUGAAGUUCUGCCGCUGUGUUUUAGUCCACCUCGGGAUGGUAUGAUCAAAGGAAACCAAUGGACUAUUGGGAGGCUUCGCUAUUAG